UCUGAUUGGUGAUCCAGCCGCCGCUCUGUGCGGCGCCGGCUCCGCCCCCGUCGGGUGUUUGUGGUGGGGCUGCGGAGUCGCCGAUCCCGCCGGAAGCGCCAGGACAAUGGGGACCCGGGACGACGAGUACGACUACCUAUUCAAAGUGGUGCUCAUUGGGGACUCGGGCGUGGGGAAGAGCAACCUGCUAUCACGCUUCACCCGCAACGAGUUCAACCUGGAGAGCAAGAGCACCAUCGGCGUGGAAUUCGCCACCCGCAGCAUCCAGGUGGACGGCAAGACCAUCAAGGCGCAGAUCUGGGACACCGCCGGCCAGGAGCGCUACCGUGCCAUCACCUCCGCGUACUACCGCGGUGCAGUGGGCGCACUGCUCGUGUAUGACAUCGCCAAGCACCUGACCUAUGAGAACGUGGAGCGCUGGCUGAAGGAGCUGCGGGACCACGCCGACAGCAACAUCGUCAUCAUGCUGGUGGGCAACAAGAGUGACCUUCGCCACCUGCGGGCCGUGCCCACUGACGAGGCCCGUGCCUUUGCCGAAAAGAACAACUUGUCUUUCAUUGAGACCUCAGCCUUGGAUUCCACCAACGUAGAAGAAGCUUUCAAGAACAUCCUCACAGAGAUCUACCGCAUUGUGUCACAGAAGCAGAUCGCAGACCGCGCAGCCCAUGACGAGUCCCCUGGCAACAACGUGGUGGACAUCAGCGUGCCGCCCACCACCGACGGACAGAAACCCAACAAGCUGCAGUGCUGCCAGAACCUGUGACCGCCCCGCGCCUCGUCCGAGCGUGCGUGCACGUCCUCGUCCUCCGCCCGCCCCUCACCUCUCUGUGCUCCCUUGCCCCACCCUCUCUGUCCCUCUGUGACUGGCUCCUGCCCUCCCAUCGAGCUCCGCAUGGCUGGCCAGGGCCUGGGAAGAACAGGAGUCAAGUGGUACCCGCUGUCCUGCUCAAGGAAAGCUAGAAGCCCGGGUUGCUGCACCUGCUCUUCUUGGGUCCCAGUGUGCAUCGCGGUGGGUCGGGGAGGGUGGCAGGACGGACAGGGCCAGCCAGAGGCAAGGAGGAUGGGCACACCGAGCAGGCUUCUCCAAUUUUCCACGGCAGACUCCAGGGAGCGAUCACCUCCCUCCCUCUGCGGCCAGUUGGCCCGACAACUGGCCCCCGAUCCCCACCCAGAACCCCGUUCUGAGCAUCAGCUCGAAGAGCAAGGCGCCAGGGGGCCAGGGCCGGCGGACACUCUUGGCUCUCGGCACCCCCGUUCCCCCACGCACAGCCAGCACCGGUACACGCCUUCGAUCUCUCCCGUGUGUGCGCGACUCCAGCUCCUGCCUGUAGAUUUAUGCUGGGAGAAGACCCCUCUCCCCCCUCCCCUUCCUUUUGCACGCAGCGCGCUCUCCGGCCCUCCCUCCCUGUGCUCCCCUCUGUCUUGUCUCCUGUCUGGUCAGGAACCUGUUUGCAAGUGAAGCAAUAUCUCCGUGUUUUGUAUAUACAACCGCUCUUGUAGCCUUUGGUUUUUUUGUUAUUGUAGAGAAACACAGAUUCUUUAUACACUUUGUAAGAUUGACGCCAAACCCCAGCUCUCGAUCUCUUAUUCUCCCUGUGGCCCCUGCACUGUUGCCCCGAUGCCUCAUUUCUUCCGCCCGUUACUAAAAUGUAUAAUCCGACUUCCUGUACAGAAACCUGCCACUGCGCCUUUGUCUUCAUUUUCUCUGCCAGGAGGCCACGCCUGGGGCUGGGGCUCCUCGCGGCGCAUGUCCCGCUGCCACAGGGAGCUGGAAGACCAGGCCCAAGCGCCACCCAGGACAGUGCAGAGGCCCACGAGCUGACCACAGGGCCCUUGGCCUGGUGGUGGUGGGGGGUAUCCUCUCUAAGCUGCCCCUGUGCCUGGGGGAUGUAUUCAGCUUCUUCCCAGCCCACUGCUCCCCAUUCCUGGCCCUGGGGUUGGACUGUCCUCACUUCCAUCUGCUGUCCACAGCUGCCUCCAUAGGCUCAUCCAGGGGAUGUUGGUGAUGCCAGCUCCACCCCUGCUCUCCCCAUCCUGGACUGACCUUUGGGAAGGGCCCAGUGGAAGGACGCUGGUGACAGAGGGGAGGCAGGGGGCCUGAAGUUCCUCUGCCUCUCCCCAGGGUCCAGCUUCUCCCCUGGUCCAUGUGGGCAGAGCCAUUUCCUACUAUGGAGGGAAUGUCGCUAUCCCCACAAUCCUAUCCCUGCACUGACCGUGUGACCCACUGUGUCCCCUCUCACCUGAGUGCCUGCAGCUGUUCCAGAUGCUCUACCCUCUGACUGAAGCCACUUACGCCCUUGACCCCUAGAAGACCCACCAGAGACAGGGGUCUGCUUUCUCCCAACUUCAGGCUUUGGGUGCCCUGCCUGGAGAGCUGGGCAAACCCAGACAGCCCUUCCAGAAGAGCCCUGAGGCACAGGGGGCUGUUCCUGUAGGGGAGUUGGAGUGAGCCAGGGUGUGUGCUCCAGGCCAGGGAGCACCCCGAGCCAAGGCCAGCAACAGGAUAGCAGGGGAUCUGAUGGGGCCACAUACACUCCAGGAGCCAUUUGCCCAGACCCUGGGGGUGCUGAAUCUGGAUUUGGGCUAGUGGGCGUGGGGAGGGCAGAGGUGGGCAGCAUCCUCAGGCAGGCCGAGUGAAGUAAUGAGGCACCCUGGAGGGUUUUGGGUAGCCCAAGGAUCAAAUCUGAGCCUCUGUGGACUGGUCAGGUCCAAGGCUCAUACCAGGGAACAAGACUGACAACACUGUCCCCUCGGGGGUCACAGUCCAGUGUUGCUAUUUCGGUUACUCUGAUUUCAGUAAAUUAAUCCCAGCAUGUUCGCUCAGUGCCAGGCACUGCUCUUAAGCCUUUUUUUUUUCUUUAAUGGUAAAAUACACAACAUCAGAUUGGCCGUCUUGACUAUUUUCCAGUGCACAGCUCAGGGGCAUUAAGUACAUUCAGCAUUAAGCAGCCAUCCCCACCAUCCACCUCCAGAACCCUUCAUCUUGCACAACCGAGACCCUGUCCCCAUGAAACGCUGACUCCCCAGCCCCUGGCUCCCACCGUCUGCUUCCUGUCUGUGAAUUUGACUCCUCUUAGGAACUUCCUGUAAAUGGAAUCAUACGGUAUUUGUUCUUUUGUGACUGGCUUAUUUUACUUAGUAUAAUGUCUUCCAAGGUUCAUCCAUGUUGUAGCAGGUGUUAGAAUUUCCUAAUAAAAAGCUGAAUAAUA